UAGCAAAACCGGUGCUGCUCAGCUGGGACCCUGCUCGCCGCUGAGAUGGACGUGUCUUGGGCCACUCAAGAGAGUGAGGCGGUGGCGGAGAAGGUGCUCCGGUAUCGGCGGGACGAGUCGGGCUGGAAGAAGUGCCGGGAAGGCAAUGGCGUUUCAGUUUCCUGGAGGCCGUCUCAGGAAUUUCCAGGGAAUCUGUACCGAGGAGAAGGGAUUCUGUGUGGGACACUGGAAGAGGUGUGGGAUUGCAUUAAGCCAGUUGCUGGAGGCCUCCGGGAGAAGUGGGACGUCAACGUGACCAGUUUUGAAGUUGUCCAAAGCAUCACAGAUAUGCUGUGUGUGAGCAGAACCUCCACACCCUCGGCUGCCAUGAAGCUGAUUUCUCCCAGGGACUUUGUGGACUUGGUGUUGGUGAAGAAAUACGAAGAUGGCACCGUCAGUUCCAACGCAACCCACGUGGAACACCCAUCAUGUCCCCCAAAGCCAGGUUUUGUGCGAGGAUUUAACCAUCCAUGCGGGUGCUUCUGUGAACCACUGCCAGGGGAGCCCAACAAAACCAAGCUGGUCACGUUCUUCCAGACAGACCUGAGUGGCUACCUCCCGCAGAGCGUGGUAGAUUCCUUCUUCCCUCGCAGCAUGGCCGAGUUCUACCCCAACCUUCAGAAAGCCGUGAGGAAGUUCCAUCACUGACACGGUCACCUAUUGGCAAGAAACACCCAUCAGGGCCUCCUGCUGUUGAGCGUCAAAGGACACGGAAGAGCUACUGUGGCCUUUGGAGAUGCCCGAGUGAACAGGAAGUCUUGGGAAUGUCAGCCCAGGACAGCAGCACACACACACACACACACACACACACACACACACACACUACUCCUUCCUCUUGGCCUUGGUGUGGAAGGCACUAUCCAUCAGCUUGCGGUGGUACACACCUUCCUGGCAGGAUACUGCUAUGGCCUCCUGACAGAGACAUGGCUGGAGCAUCCUUUGAUUCCUUGUGGUUCAAGGGCCCUGUGCGUUGCUGUCAGACCCCUCGUCUCUGUGCCAGUCUUGGAGAAUCAUCAUCUCUCCUGGUCCUUAAGUCCUGCUCCUCUGGCAUUUGGAGCUCCUAGACUUUUGUCCCAGACUCCUGUGUCCGUUUUCUGAUAGUUUUAUAUACCAAUUUUUAACACAAGACUUUCCCCCUUUACAAAGAUGUCAACUUGGAAAACAUGUUUCAAAGCACAGAAUAAGCCUUAAAGGAAAAACACUUUUUACCUAAUGUUUUUUUUUUCAUCAGACUUGUCUUUUCCUGUUUGUCUUGUCAUGAGUUAAUGUUUGUGUCCCCAUGAAACCAAAUUGUAUCUUUGGGAGGGAGCGGGAGUUCUUGUGACCAGUGUGAGUCAUUCUGAAUGGGGCCAGCAGCCCCUGUGUGCAUGGGGGAGUCUGGGAAGAAGAGCCCCCCCCACACACCGUCCCAUCAGGCCAUGCUGUCUCCCGUGCUGUGGGACUGCACAAGCCUACAGUAUCUAACAAUUGCCACAAAAGCAGCCAAUAGGGACAAAUGCUGUCUCCUUAGCUUUUCAAAUACAUUUAGAUUCCUGCUUUUCUUAUCAAGAAGGGAGAGGUCCCUGUUGGCUGACAGUGUGCUUGCUUGAAGACUGCAGAGAUGACGUGGUGCGCCUCACAGUCCAGCCAGCCUCCCCCCCUUCAGUAGAUUUUAAUAAUUCCUCUCCUCUUCCUCCAUUCGUUCACAGUAUGGGGCGUGGAGUCUAGGACACCUUUGCACCUUGAUAAGGCUGCUUUGGAUAUUCCCACAUCUAGGUCUAGAUGGCUUUCUUGCCCCUGCUCUGUUUUCCCUGAGUUUGGAUACCAACUGUUGAUCUCUUCCUGCUGUCUCUCUCUGGUUUUGUCUCCAUGUUAAGCCCACUUGCUGUACCAUUCUGUUGGCUGUGAUCCACCCUGGUUUUUGUGACAGGUGAGAAACUCAUCAAAUAGGCUAGGCCGGAUGCCCAGGAAGUUCCAGAGAGCUGUGUCUUUCUGCUACCCCGGGUCUGGGAUUACAAGCGAAUGCCACCACACCUGGUUCUUUGGUUUCCAUUAGUCUGUUUGGUUGUUUGGUUUUAUUUGUUUUUGUCUUUCUGGUCUCUGGGUAUUAGAUUCAAGUCACCAGGCUUGCAUGCCAAGCACAGCUGUCUCCCCAGCCCCACACCUUUUAUUGUUAAUAGAUCUAAAGGACUGAUCUAAAUGA